GAAAGAUCCUUGGUUUGAAAUUUGUAAGGUAAUAUUCUGCCUCCCCUUGACCUUGCCUGGUGUCACUUAUUGUUCUGUCUUUUCUCUCCUUUUUUAGAUUUUGAUCCUGCUCUUGGAAUGAUGACUGGAAUUCCACCAAUAACUCCAAUGAUGCCUGGCUUAGGAAUAGUACCUCCUCCAAUUCCACCAGAUAUGCCAGUAGUAAAAGAGAUCAUACACUGUAAAAGCUGCACGCUUUUCCCUCCAAAUCCAAAUCUUCCACCUCCUGCAACUCGAGAACGACCACCAGGGUGCAAAACAGUAUUUGUGGGUGGCCUUCCUGAAAAUGGGACAGAGCAGAUCAUUGUGGAAGUGUUCGAACAGUGUGGAGAGAUCAUUGCUAUUCGGAAGAGCAAAAAGAACUUUUGUCACAUUCGCUUUGCUGAGGAAUACAUGGUGGACAAAGCCCUUUAUCUUUCUGGUUACCGCAUUCGCCUGGGCUCUAGCACUGACAAGAAGGACACAGGCCGGCUCCAUGUUGAUUUUGCACAGGCUCGAGAUGACCUGUAUGAGUGGGAAUGCAAACAGCGUAUGCUCGCAAGGGAGGAGCGCCACCGCAGAAGGAUGGAAGAAGAAAGAUUGCACCCACCAUCCCCACCACCAGUGGUCCACUAUUCAGAUCACGAAUGCAGUAUUGUUGCUGAAAAACUAAAAGAUGAUUCCAAAUUCUCAGAAGCUGUACAGACCUUGCUCACCUGGAUUGAACGAGGAGAGGUGAACCGUCGCAGCGCCAACAACUUCUACUCUAUGAUCCAGUCAGCCAACAGCCACGUUCGCCGCCUGGUGAACGAGAAAGCUGCCCAUGAGAAAGACAUGGAAGAAGCAAAGGAGAAAUUCAAGCAGGCCCUUUCUGGAAUUCUCAUUCAAUUUGAGCAGAUAGUAGCUGUGUACCAUUCUGCCUCCAAACAGAAGGCAUGGGACCAUUUCACAAAAGCCCAGCGUAAAAACAUCAGCGUUUGGUGCAAACAAGCUGAGGAAAUUCGCAACAUACAUAAUGAUGAAUUAAUGGGAAUCAGGCGAGAAGAAGAAAUGGAGAUGUCCGAUGACGAAAUAGAAGAAACCACAGAAACAAAAGAAACUGAGGAAUCAGCCUUAGUAUCACAGGCAGAAGCUCUGAAGGAAGAAAAUGACAGCCUCCGUUGGCAGCUCGAUGCCUAUCGGAAUGAGGUAGAAUUGCUCAAGCAAGAACAAGGCAAAGCCCCCAGAGAAGACGACCCAAACAAGGAACAGCAGCUGAAACUCCUGCAGCAAGCCCUGCAAGGAAUGCAACAGCAUCUACUCAAAGUCCAAGAGGAAUACAAAAGGAAAGAAGCUGAACUUGAAAAAGUCAAGGAUGACAAGUUGCAGGUGGAAAAAAUGUUGGAAAAUCUUAAAGAAAAGGAAAGCUGUGCUACUAGACUGUGUACAUCGAGCCAGGACAGUGACUACCCUCUUGAGAAGACCCUGAACAGCAGCCCUAUCAAAUCUGAACGUGAAGCACUGCUCGUGGGGAUUAUUUCCACAUUUCUUCAUGUCCACCCAUUUGGAGCAAGCAUUGAAUACAUCUGUUCCUACUUGCACCGUCUAGAUAAUAAGAUCUGCACCAGCGACGUGGAGUGUCUCAUGGGCCGGCUGCAGCACACCUUCAGGCAGGAAAUGACCGGGGUCGGAGCCAGUCUGGAGAAGAGGUGGAAGUUCUGUGGCUUCGAGGGCCUGAAACUGACCUGAAUGCCGCGGCCUUACAGCCUGGGCUCCUGCAGAGAAAUGUGCGGUGGACGCGCUGAGAAAGUGAUUUGUAUUCUCAAUGGUUUUCAAGUGGGAAGUGCUUUAAAUUUGCAGGUCGUUCCCGGGAUAUCUUUUGAGUUAAAAUAAGGAUCCUAGAGCAGCACCUCAAGCUACAGGCCCUAAAAAGACACGGACUCAGACCCUCAAGCGCUGUAACUUGCUCCCUUUCUGUCAGUGGCUUGUCUCUUUUAUUAGUGAUAUUGAAAAAGGCCUGAGGCUAAAGAGUAUUUGGGGUGUUUUCAGUGUCUGUACUACUGUUGUAGAGUUUGGUAUUUUUUUAAACACUGUUAAUUGAAAUGUUUUGAUGAUUUGUAUGUGAUUUGUGUUUCAAAACUUCUCUUCACAUUAAUGUUGCUGCUGGUGAGAGGAAUGAGAGGAGCACUAGGUACUCCAUAACUGACGUGCUCUUCCCAAUCCCCAGUAAGCCAGUAAAUGAAUAACACAGCGUCUUCUAGAAGGUGCCUGACCAGGCUCCCCUUUUAAAAGACAAAGCAUGGUUUGUAGCUUUUUGCAAAAUUACUGUGAACCAAAAGUUGACAAAUGUUCCGAAGUUAUUUUCUCUAAUAUAUCAGAUUAAAAACAUCUAGAUGUAUUCGCAGAAAGCAAGUGUCCAGUAUGACUGGCAUGUGUAUGUGCUAUUCAGAAUCACCUUAUAAAUAGUCUGCGUUUAAAGGAGGGCAUGUUUAGUUUUCUAUGAAUUAAAACACGUGUGCACAUGCACGUACACACACGUUAGCAGAAGGGAUUCGUUUUAAUAUGCCUUCCCUCUGGCCUUCUUACGAAGUCUGUUGGUCCCUUUUCUUCUGCCAUCAGCGUGUUGAAUUGCAAACCGUGUACCGCUGUAAAUACUAUGUUCACUUCAAGCUGAAUGUUUGCAAACAGUUCGUAUGAGUAUUAGUAGAAAACUCUUGGUAAUGAAUGAGCCUGGGUGUGUGAGGCUUCCUGCAAAUCGCUCAGCUCCUCCUGGAGCGCCGAUGGCCGUGGGCACCUCCAGUUCUAUGGUGCCCUCCAGCAGAUUGCAAUGGCAGAGUGUACGUGGACCAGUCAGGAAGUCCUGCUUGAUGGAAACGAAAGAGAAAGGAUGAGGAUUUGGGGCUAAUAUCCUGAGGCACAGAUGAUCUUUUCUUCUGUGGUGUUGCUGGUGUUUAUAGUAACACAAGCAUGCCCUCCCUUGAGUCUUGAUUCAGAAUAAAAGAAUGUACUAAGUAAGCAAAGCCAAUGAAGAGUAUUUCAGGAAAAUACUUUGUAAAUGAGAUGUCUGUAGUGUGUUCAAAGUUGUAUUUUUCAAAGAUAAAUAUUCCUUUUUUAUACCUCA